ACCAUAGCCUCCCCUCAGUCUCACCAUCCCAUCAGACCCACAACCCUCACUUUAGCUCCCUCUAUAUAUUAUAACUGAUGAUAGAAUUCUAUUGCAUACAUAAUUAAUUUAGUAGAGCUGAGACCUUCUUCCUCUAUAUAUAGCAGCUAUAUACUGUUUUUCUUACUUUUAAUUUGUUAGGAGAAUUUAAACAAAUUAUAAAAAAGAAGGAUCGUAAGAUGGAAGAGAUGAUGAAACCUGCAUGGUUAGAAGGAUUAAUGGCUGAGAAAUUCUUUGCAGGAUGUGGGGUCCACGGGAAUAGGAGGAAAAAUGAGAAAAACAUCUUCUGCUUAGAGUGUUGUCAAAGCUUUUGCCCUCACUGCCUUCCUUCUCAUCACUCACAUCCUCUUCUCCAGGUUAGAAGAUACGUAUACCAAGAUGUUAUAAGAUUGGAUGACCUUGAGAAGCUCAUUGACUGUUCCUACAUCCAGCCCUACACAAUAAACAGUGCCAAAGUUAUAUUCUUGAACCAGAGAGCACAAUCAAGGUCAUGCAAGGCUUCUGGCAAUUCUUGUUUUACCUGUGACAGAGUUCUUCAGGAUCCCUUCAACUUUUGUUCCCUCUCUUGCAAGGUUGAUUAUAUGGUGUAUCAAGGUGAAGAUCUAUCAAACAUUCUCUAUAGGUUUGAUGAGUCUGACUUUGCACUCUCCCAAUUUGAGGGACUCCACGUGGACACAUCUGAUUUGCUCGAUGAGGAAAGCCAAAUUACUCCCAACUCCAUCUUAGAAGAUCCAUUAGAAUGCAGAGGCUCAUCUUGCUCAAAUAAUGGCAUGGGCAAUUCUGGUAUUUCACAUGAUGCCCGUGUGGCGAAAAAUAAGAAAAAAAGCAGUGGUUUUUUCCCUGGACUUGUGCUUUCAUUGAGCAAUAGGAGAAAGGGAGCCCCUCAAAGAUCUCCUCUUUCUUGAAAAUAAAUUAGUGAAUAUCCUCUAAUAAAUUACUCCAUUUAGUACUUAUUGUAAUAUUACCAGCAUUAUUAGUUCUCUGGAUUUUGUGGGUGUAAUUUUAUGAAGUUUGUAGCGUCACUCUUAGGUGGGAAUUUACCCCAAAGUGAUUCCAUUGCAAGCCAUAGGUUGAUAUUUAGGGAGGUUUCGACAAGAUAUUUAAGCUCUCUAAUUAUCACCAAUUUUGUACUGGUUCGAUGGAACUUGAACAUAUAAAAUAUAAGUAGC